GAAGCGAAGGGCCCAAUUAGAGAAUUGUCGGCGGGACCCUCUUACUCUACAAACGCUGAAAAUUCAUGUUUUAUGCUUUGUGUGAUACGCCAACCCCAGCCCCAAAAUGUGUUGAGGGCUCGAGGCUCCAAUAGGACAACAGUAGCUGUAAUGAUAUAUUAAAAAUUUAUCGUAGCGCCCUCUGCUUGAGUGUGUGGGUGCGGCCCUCUCUUGGUGCAGGGUCCCAAUUUCAAUAAAUCUGUCUAAUUGGCUUGAAACCAAGCCCUGCUGAUAUUAACACAAAGUGAAAAUCUGACCAGAGAUUAAACAUUAUAUAAAUGUCGUCAUUGAAUAUUGCUGCAACACGACUGGCUGGUUUCUCAUGGCGGGCCACUCAUUCUGCCAGACCAUUCAAGGUCUCGCAAUGUCUCUCCGUUCCAAGAAGACUUCCACUGUUUGUUUUUCCUCUGCGAGCAAGCUCAUCCCGCGCCAGCACUAUUUUGCCUUUGUACACACCAACUAUCACUGAUGGUCUUGAAAGCCUAAAUGAGUACUUCAGCCAGAAAAUUUUGCCUGCUUUCCCCGAUGGUAUCCAGUGCUCAUUUGCUUAUGGCUCUGGGGCAUUCCAACAACAGGGUACAGAACACAUGAGUAAAAACAUGGUGGAUUUUAUCUUCGUUGUUGAUGACCCUAUUGCCUGGCAUAACGAGAACCUGCAGAUGAACCGUCGCCAUUACUCGGCGUUAAAGUUUAUGGGUACGCGUGCCAUCACCCACAUCCAGCAGCAAUAUGGCGCUGGGAUUUACUUCAACACCCUCGUCACGCUUGGUGCCAGGCUGAUCAAAUACGGCGUCGUAAGCACCGAGAGACUGAUCGUAGAUCUUUUGGACUGGGAGACGUUAUACAUGAGUGGUCGACUGCACAAACCGGUGUUGACAUUAAAACAGCCCACAAACCCCGAGUUGAUUGUUGCCCUUGACAACAACCUCCACAGCGCUGUGCAUGCAGCACUUCUACAACUGCCGGACACGUUCACCGAAGAGGAGCUGUACAUGAGCAUCGCCAACCUCUCAUACUCCGGUGACUUCCGGAUGUCAAUUGGUGAAGAUCGAAACAAAGUAUCAAACAUUGUGGUUCCUAAUAUCCCCAAGUUCCGUUCCAUGUAUUCCAAAAUCCUAGAAUCUGAGGAACAUGUUUUCUACAACCCAGUGCGACAGACCUACGAACAGUACCCAAAUCACAUCUCACAAUACCAUCACUUGAACCUGCUCCCUAAAACAGUCCACAUUAAUUUAGUCUCUCUCUGUAACCAUAACCGUGCCAUCCCCGAUACAGAAGAUGUCCUACGUAACCUUGCUAAUGAUCCCCAUUGUGGGACAUACGUUGCUAAAUGUAUCUCGGACAUAGUGAAACGUUCCAGUUAUAGUCAGAGCAUAAAGACAAUCCUUACGGCAGGAUUUCUGAAAUCCAUCAAAUACAGUUCAAAAAAACUAUUGAAAAUGGUCCGAAGUGUGAAGAAUAAAAAUUGAAAAAAUAA